AUGGCUGCUGCAGAAAACGGUUUCCACAACGGCACGAACGGCGCAGCACACCCCGUCUCGCGCCCCCUCACCGCAGGCAUCUACGCUCCCAUCCCCACCUUCUUCCUCCCAGAGUCGGAGGAUCUGGACCUCGACUCGCUUCGCACACAUGUUGUCCGCGCAGCCAAGGCCGGUGUCCGUCCCCUCAUCGCGGGCUCCAUGGGCGAGGCCCUCCACCUCACCCACAGCGAGCGGGUUACCAUCAUCAAGGCUGCACGCCAGGCACUUGACGGAGCGGGCCUCGAGCAGAUUCCCAUCAUCGCUGGCACCGGGACGGGCAGUACGCGAGAGACGGUCGAGCUCUGCAAGGAGGCAGCAGCAGCGGGCGCGGACUACACAAUCGUUAUCGCCAGCGGGUACUACGCUGGUGUCUUGGCUGGCAAUAAGAGGGCCUUGAAGGCUUUCUGGACGGAGAUUGCGGAGAAGAGUCCUAUUCCGGUGCUCAUCUACAACUACCCCGGCGCGAGUGGAGGCAUUGACCUCGACUCGGACCUCAUCACAGAGUUGGCGAUCGAGUCCCCCAACCUUGCUGGCGUCAAGCUCACAUGCGGAAAUGUGGGUAAGCUCACCCGAAUCUGCGGAACAGUCUCCGACCCCUCCUUCUCGUCGCUGUAUCCUCGUAAAAACCCCGAUGCGCCUUUCCUCGUAUUGGGAGGUUACGCCGACUUUUUGGUCCCAUCAUCGUAUGCGAACGCACAUGGCGCCAUCACGGGUCUCGGAAACGUCGCGCCUUAUACCCUUGUCAAGCUCUUUGAGCUUUCCCAAGCAGCGCAGAAAGACCCUUCCCUCCUGCCCGAGGCACAGCGGUUGCAGGCAAUCGCUGCAAAUGCUGACUUCACCAUUGCAAAGGCGUCCAUCUCCGGCACUAAAGCCCUCUUAGAGAAGCUGUACGGCUACGGUGGUCUUCCCCGUAAGCCCUUGCCCCCGAUAGAGCCUGGUGUGUUUGAGGCGCUCUGGUUGCACCCGCAUGUCCAGGACAUCGUCAAAGUUGAGCGUGAGCUCAGCGGAAAGAGCAGCCCAUGA